UCCGUGAAGGCAUCACGGCCGUUGCUCUCUUUAAACGCAGAUCAAAGACUGUUGUGUAAUGCGGCAGCAGCGGACGUGAUGGAGGACAGCCGGCAGUGACAGAGCGGCAGGAGGCUGACAGGUGAGGAGCUGCGGCCGGACAGAUUCGAGCAGCGAUGGAGUCGACUGUGGCAAAGACGACGAUGAUGAUGGCAGGAAGCGUUCUGGUCGUCCCUGUUAUCGCCUUCAUCACCUCCUUCCUGCUGUGGCCUGGCGCUCUGGUGAAGGCCUACAACUGGUUUAUGCGUCGCAGGUUGGGUCUGGUGGUUCGUUAUUCCUACAGUGGAAGUUAUCGUUUCUGUUAUUCCAGCCGUGGGACACCGGGUGGCGCUACGCCGUCGCUGCUGCUGCUUCACGGCUUCUCUGCCACUAAAGACAUGUGGCUGCCUGUCGUCAAGUACCUCCCCAGAGACCAACAUGUGAUUUGCCUCGACAUGCCGGGACACGAGGGGACGAGUCGGACCGGCGUCGAGGACUACAGCAUCCAGGGUCAGGUCGGCCGAAUCCACCAGUUUGUGCGGAGCGUCGGUUUGGAUAAAUCUCCGUUCCACCUGGUCGGGACCUCCAUGGGCGGGAACGUCGCCGGAGUCUACGCCGCCCAUCACUCGGAUCAGCUGAGCCGCGUCACCCUGGUGUGUCCGGCUGGUCUGGUUUAUCCCACCGACUCCAAGUUCGUCACCCGGAUGAGGGAGCUGGAGAAGAACCCAGACGAGAACGAGCCGAUCCCGUUGAUCCCAAAAACCCCCGAAGAGCUGGACGCCAUGCUGAGACUCUGCUGCCACGUCGACCUGAACCUGCCCAGACAGGUGGUGCGUGGUCUCCUUGACAACAGGCUCCCUCACAACGGUUUCUAUAAAGAAGUUUUUAUGGAGCUAGUCGGGGAGAAAUCUCGUCACUCUCUGCAGGAACACAUGCAUCUCAUCACAGCGCCCCUUCAGGUGAUUUGGGGGAAACAAGAUCAGGUGCUGGACGUUUCCGGGGCGACCGUGCUGCAGACGGCGCUGCCUCGCUGCCGACUCGACCUGCUGGACGACUGCGGACACUCGGUGGCGCUGGAGAGGCCGAGGAAAGCCGCCGCGCUCAUCGUGGACUUCCUGUCUAAGCAGGAAGUGAGCGACAAGAAACUCUCCUGAGCUGAAGAUGGUGAAGAUGAAGGUUUUAUUGAUUCAAACGACUGAAUUUAAACCCGUGAAGACUAAACCAGCGCACUAAACCACGUCGGGGACCUCCCUGAAGUUAUUUAUGUGUUUUGUUUUCAGAUGUUUGUUUUAAAUGUUCACUGAAUUCAUUCCAAGCUGCACUGUUUCUGUUGUGAAUCUGUUUUUAGUGAAUCGAGUCAUAUUUAACCUCAUUUAAACCCGUUCAGACUGAAGUUUAGAAGCAAACGUCGUCUAUAAACAGAUGAGUCGUCAUCUGAUGUUGGAGGGAUUUUUUUGUCCUGUACGUUUUGAAACUAAGAAGUGAUUUGAUAAUGGAGCCGAGCUCUUGUAUAAACGUCUUUGUGAACCACAGAAAUAAAACCUUUAAGUGAAA